UAUGCUCGUAAUUGUCAACACCCUAUGUAGAACUUUCGCGUGUGUCAAUAGCCACAGCAUAUUUAGGUGGACGGUUACGGCUGUCGAACCGGUGCCCGGUGGCGCUAUGUUGUUUUGUGUUUUCAGUAUGAAUUUUGGUUUUAGUAUUUCUAAACGUUAACAAAUGUAACAAUUUAGGAACAACAAACCAUUUUUAACAGAAUAGUAAUACGGCAUGUUAUGAUGGACCCCGCUACGACACAAAUGAAUAAAUUUCGAAGUUAUGUUACGACACUGGCAGAUCCAAACUGCAAGGAUGAUCUCAAACUGAAGGCCACACAGGAGAUAAACGAAAAUUUUGAGAUUAUAAUCUCAUCUCCACUGUAUGGCAACUUUUUGGAUCACUCUUUGAAGAUAUUUCUGAAAAUAUUGCAAGAAGGCGAACCACAUUUUAUAGCCGAAUACAACAUUCAACAGGUGCGAAAGCUGAUAUUGGAGAUGCUACAUCGUUUGCCCACCAAUGAUACACUACGACCGUACGUAAAACCGAUACUGUCGUUAAUGUUAAAACUACUCGAACUAGAAAAUGAAGAAAACGUGCUCGUGUGUUUAAAAAUUAUCAUCGAACUUCACAAGCAGUACAGGCCCGCGUUUAACACGGAGAUACAGCACUUCUUGCAGUUCGUCAAGACCAUCUAUUCGGAUUUGCCGAAUCAUAUGAAUAAGAUUUUCGAACCCAAGCCGGCGAUUAAAGUUAAGGAUCUAAGCGAGUUGAAUAUUCUGGAACUGCUGAAGGAGACCUUUACCAUUACCACGAUACAGACCGAGAAUAAGACCAAAGAUGGGACGGCGAUUGUGUAUAAUUUGAUACCGAAAGCUAUACUCUCGCUGAAGGUUUUGCAAGAGCUACCUAUUAUUGUGGUGCUUAUGUAUCAGCUGUACAAGCAAAGCGUGCAUCAGGAUGUUAGCGAUUUUAUUCCGCUGAUAAUGACGACAAUUACUCUUCAACCGUCCCCUCAGCAAAGACAAGCUGACAAUUUUAACAAAGAAAUAUUUGUCGACUUCAUGGGCGCGCAGAUAAAAACCUUGUCGUUUCUCGCCUACAUCAUAAAGAUUUACCAGGAGGUGGUGUCGAACCAUUCGAAUAUGAUGGUUCAGGGCAUGCUGCAGUUACUCGCGCUCUGUCCGAUGGAAGUGGCGCACUUGCGACGAGAGCUGCUUAUAGCGGCGAGGCACAUUUUAGCUACGGAUUUGCGAAACAAAUUUGUGAACCACAUGGAAAAACUGUUCGACGAGGACAUUCUGCUGGGUAGAGGGUGGACUACGCACGAAUCUCUGCGUCCGCUUGCCUAUUCUACGCUGGCUGACUUGGUGCAUCACAUAAGGCAGCAGCUCCCUCUGUCGGAUUUGGCGAGGGCGGUGCACUUGUUCAGCAAGAACGUUCACGACGAUAGCUUAGCGACCACCAUACAGACGAUGUCGUGCAAAUUACUCUUGAAUUUGGUCGAUUGUAUUCGGAUAAGGGCGGAGGCUGAAAAUAGUGCGGAGGGGCGGGAAUUGCUGAUGAGAAUGUUGGAGGUGUUCGUCUUGAAGUUUAAGACUAUAUCAAAGAUUCAGUUGCCGAUUUUAAUGAAUAAGUGCAAACAACUAAAUCAGCAACUGCCCUCAUCACAAGCCCCACAGCUUAACGCGUUUUUAUCCGGCGACGUAAAAGCGGAGCCAGAUUUCAAGACGAAUUCAAACGACUUCUUGGACAACGCCCUGGGCGACAAUCAAAACGCCUCGAAGGAAACCCGCUCUAAAAUUGGGUGCUCGAACUCUCAAAAUAACAACUACAACGUCACCGACUACCGCAGUCUGGUGAACACGCUGGUUCGCGGAGUGAAAACCAUCACUUGGGGAUGUGCCGCUUGCAAGACUGCAAACGCCUCGCCCAUUAUCGGCACGAAACAGUUUCAACCGCACGAAACGCUGGUGUUCGUCCGAUUAGUGAAAUGGGCGCUGAAGGCCUUGGAUAUUUACACUUUGAAUGUCGGCCAACAAGCGCCCGGCAUGCAAAGGCUGAAUCAACAAACCGUUCGAUCCAAAGAGGAAAAGGAGGUUUUGGAACACUUCAGCGGCGUUUUUUCAAUGAUGAAUCCCCAAACAUUUCACGAGAUAUUCUCCACAACCAUAGAGUACCUCGUCGAGCGCGUCUAUCGGAAUAUGACCCUUCAGAUUGUGCCGAAUACUCUUCUGGCCAAUCAAACCACUAGUCCCAUAUUUGCGACGGUUCUCGUUGAGUAUCUACUCGAGCGGAUGGAAGAGAUGGGCUCCAAUUUGGAACGGAGCAAUUUGUACCUUCGCCUGUUCAAGCUUGUUUUCGGUAGCGUCUCGUUGUUCUCCCAAGAGAACGAGAACAUGCUCCGACCGCAUCUUCAUCAAAUUGUGAAUCGGUCAAUGGAGUUGGCUAUGAGUGCAAAGGAACCGUACAACUAUUUCUUGCUACUUCGAGCGCUUUUCCGCUCGAUCGGUGGAGGUAGCCACGAUCUGCUCUAUCAAGAAUUUUUACCGCUACUGCCCAAUCUGCUUGAAGGGUUAAACCGGUUGCAGAGUGGACUACACAAACAGCACAUGAAAGACUUAUUCGUCGAGCUAUGUCUGACCGUGCCGGUACGGCUGAGUUCCCUUUUGCCUUAUUUACCCAUGCUAAUGGAUCCUUUGGUCUCGGCACUGAACGGCUCGCAUAUCUUAAUUAGUCAGGGGUUGCGAACUUUGGAGCUAUGCGUGGAUAAUCUUCAACACGAUUUUUUGUAUGAACACAUUCAGCCAGUUCGGGCGGAUUUAAUGCAGGCACUUUGGCGUACGUUAAGAAAUAACGAUCAGGUGGCCCAAGUGGCUUUCAAGGUCCUGGGCAAAUUCGGCGGAGGAAACAGGAAAAUGAUGAUAGAACCUCAAAAAUUGGAGUACACGACGACAGAUUACGAUCCUCCCGCCAUCAUCGUGGUCUUCCACGAUCAGAAGCACGCGAUAGAGUUUCCAGUCGAAAAGGUGAUUGAAACCGCCUUUAACGCCCUGAAGCAGAGCUCGACGGAUUCGUUCUACCGAAAGCAAGCUUGGGAGGUGAUAAACUGCUUCCUGGCGGCGUCGCUGAAUUUGAACGAUGGGAAGAGCACGUUGCUUAACUUGUUUUUGCAUCGGAGUUUUCUUGAUGACAAUAACAUUGCGCAGUUCAAGGGGUCGUCUUAUAAAUCCUCGUUUGCGCAGUCGCGUAACACGCAUCAAACUGCGUUGACAGGAAUGUUUGUAGCCGCCGCGAUUAAAGAGCUGAGAAUUCCAGUUUUGAAUACCAUGGUAGCGGUGGUCAGGCAUUAUACGAUGGUGGCGGUGGCGCAGCAAGCGGGCGGAUUUGCCAUUACACCAAAACCGAACGAACAAAUCGCACUGGAUCCGCUGGUGCUGAUCGACGCCCUCACUGUAAUAAUGGGCCACGAAGAGAAGGAACUAUGCAAACCCGGGGAUUUGGCGCUCGCCCUCAUGUUGGAAACGGCAACGACACUCCUGGGAUCCAAGGAGAUGGCCUGCAAACUUCCGCUCAUCGAGUACUUGGCCGAGCGAAUGUGCUCCUUGUGCUACGAGAGGGCGUGGUACGCUAAACUCGGCGGGUGCAUCGCGAUCAAGUUUAUGUUCGAGCGGUGCUCGCUGAGGUGGGUCUACGACCACAUGUUCACCUUUCUUAAGGCUUUGCUGUUUGUUAUGAUGGAUCUAACCGGAGAGGUGUCUAGUGGUGCGCUCGACAUGGCGAAGGUAAAUCUUGAAAAAUUGCUGAUCGUCUGUGUGAAACCGCUCGAAGAUGCGGACGCCGUUACGCGAGAAAGACAAAAGAAGGCGCUGUGCAAAGUCACCCACGAGCUCGUUCGGCAAGUUACCAGUCCUCAUGUUUUGGUUCGAGAGCAGUCGAUGGCUUCUUUAAAACUUCUGGCCGAGAAACAAAACAAAACUGUGACGGCUGUGAUGGAACCAUUCCGAGAUGUCCUCGCCGAUAUGGUUCCACCCAAAAAGCAUCUGCUGAAGCACCAGCCGGCCAUUGCUCAAAUGGGCUUAAUGGACGGAAAUAUGUUCUGCACCACUCUCGAUCCUCGUCUAUUCACUAUAGAUAUGAGCAUAAAGGAACACAAUUUGUUCAUCGGCGAUUUGAUAUCGCUCUGCAAUACCGAAGACACAAAGUUGAAUAAUUUCUCGUGUUACAAGGCGAUCACAAAUUUUAAUCCGCUGCGGAUAAGCGCCUUGCGAGUGCUGGCCGCGUGCCACUAUCUCGACGGCGACGUUUGGUGCCAAAUCUUCCAGGUGCUGUACAAAACUUUGGAGAAACCCAAUUCGGAGUUGCAGGAAGUCGCCUUCGAGUGUAUGAAAAAGUUCAUUUCCAGUUAUCAAGUGGAAAAAGACAUGAUUCAUCAAGCGAUGCGUCCGUUACUGCUGACUUUGGGCGAUGUGAAGAAUUUAAGUUUGAACAGUGUAAAAAUGCUAUCGUACCUAACGCAAUUGUUCCCGAACGAGUUCAACGAAAAAUUGUGCCAGCAACUGCUGGAGAUACUCAAAGAGUUGGUCAACAAUCUUGUUCAGAAUCACAAGAGCAUAACCGGAAUUUCGAAAAAGGGCGACGAAGAGCAAAAGAUUGUGACCAUCAUAAAUAUAUUUCAUCAAACACCCGCCGCCUCCGCCAAAUUCAUUAAGCAACUCUGCGUUCUUAUCAUACGAUCGGAGCAGGCGAUGUUCGUCGAGGCCAGUUCGCCAUUUCGCGAGGUCCUGAUGAAGUUUUUACUGCGCUAUCCCGCCGAAACCGUCGAUACGUUCCUGCAGGACGCGCUAAUUAAGGAUCAUCCGUUCAGUAGGUACCUUACCUUUUUACUGAAACACCCCAAUGGUAAAGUGUUCCGUGACCAUAUCCAAACUCUGGAAGUGCGUCGGUUGAUCACGAUGGCCUUGGCUAAUACGCACAUUAGCUUUAAUUUGACUGAAGAUGAACGUAACGAGCUCCAACAUCAGAGUAUUAGAAUCGUGUCGAUUUUAAUCAAACACGAUGAUCAGUGGCUAUCGACGCAGCAGGAGCUUGUCGAAGCUUUGAAACAAAUUUGGUGCAACGAUGAGUAUCAGGAGAGACACAAAAAGGCCGAUACGGUUGAGUACACCCACUGGAAGGAACCAAAGCUGCUAGUGAAAAUACUACUUCACUACUUUUGCCAUCAUCCAACUGACAUCGACUUAUUGUUCCAACUGUUACGGGCCACAUGCGAUCGCUUUAUACCCGACUUUCAGUUUUUAAGGGACUUCCUGGAAAAUACGGUCUCGCAAAAUUACACGCUCGAAUGGAAGAGGUCUGCAUUUUUCCGUUUUGUCGAACAUUUCCCUUUAAAGACCAUGUCUCAGACGCUUAAAGCGAAAGUUUUGCAAUUGGUCCUGAUACCGUGCUUCGCUGUCAGUUUCGAGAGAGGGGAAACCAACAAGCUGAUAGGCAGCAUGCCGGCUCCGUAUCAAGACAGUCCCGAGAACGUGAUGUCGGUGUUUAUUAAUAAAUUGAUCGAUCCGGAUAUUCCGUUUCCGUUCACAGUGUCCGACUGCGUGAGAAUAUCGCUGUUGCAGUUCUCCUGUUUACUGGUCGAGCAGGCCAGUUUGCACAUCCACGAUCACGACGCGAGUAACAAAGCGCAGGGUUUCAAGUUGCGUAAAUUGAUGACGUUCGCCUGGCCGUGUCUCUUGGUUAAAAAUUGCGUCGAUCCGGCGACGCGUUACCACGGACAUCUGCUGCUAUCGCACAUCAUAGACAAGUUCGCAAUUCAUAGAAAGAUUGUUCUUCAGGUUUUCCAUAGCUUACUGAAGGCGCACGCGGUUGAAGCCAGAAGCGUGGUGCGACAGGCGCUCGAGAUUUUGACGCCUUCCAUGCCCGUGCGUAUGGAGGAGGGAAACACGAUGCUGGUGCACUGGACCAAGAAAAUUAUCGUCGAUGAGGGACAUUCCAUGCAGCAGCUCUUUCACAUUCUGCAGUUGGUUGUUAAGCAUUACAAGGUCUACUACCCCGUACGACACCAUCUUGUUCAGCACAUGGUCAAUUCAAUUCAGAGAUUCGGUUUUAGUCCAACCGCAACCUUGGAACAUCGAAAAUUAGCGGUGGAAUUGGCGGAAGUGAUCAUUAAAUGGGAGCUGCACGGAAUUAAAGAGGUGGUCGAUGCAGACAACACGUCCGUUGAAAAUGUACCGAUGAAACGUCCUCCCAUUGACGAAUCCGUGGAGCCUCCGCAAAAGAAACUAGCCGUUCAGCAACCAGGUAUCGCGGGCCCUAGCAGUAGUUUCAUCGUGAAAGCUCAACCGGCGAGCCAAUCCGAGCCCGGGCAGUCGAAGCCGAUCGACCGCUUACACACGGACAACGUUUUAAACUUUUUGCUACGCCUGGCUUGCCAAGUCAACGAUCCCGCCCCUGCGAAUCCCACCAAUCCCGCCGUGAGUAGCCCGGGCGAGCUUCUGUCGAGGCGUUGCGUCAUUCUGCUGAAGACUGCUUUAAAACCGGACGUGUGGCCGCAAGCUCCCGACCUUAAGUUGGUGUUCUUCGACAAAAUCUUGCUGAGCGUCGACACCCCCAAUCCGAAUAUCGGCAAUAUCUGCACGGCCUUGGAGUUACUCACAUUUCUGUUAACUGUAAUGAACAAAGAGCAGAUCUUGCCGAAUUUUAAGCAGCUGCAGCGCGGUUUGGGCGCGUGCAUCACCUCGACUAACGCGAAGAUUAUCAAAUUGAUCCACGGAUUGUUGAGCAAGCUGAUGGCGCUGUUUCCUACGGAACGCGCCAACUCCAACAUGACGUGUAAAUACGAAGAAUUGGAAGUGUUAUAUUCGACCAUUGGAAAAGUCAUCUUCGAGGGACUGUCUAAUUUUGAGAAAAACCCAGACGCGAGCCCUUCCAGCUUAUUCGGAACGUUAAUGAUUUUAAAAGCGGCGUGCAUCAACAACAACUCCUACAUCGAUCUCCUAAUCACCCCCUUCAUGAAGGUACUGCAUCGUCUAGCGAAGGAGCACUUGCAACCGACCACGACGGAAUCGAGUCCGAGUAGGUGUCCGCGCAAUUUGUAAGCGACUAAUCCUUUUUGUACCACAGUGACCAGCGAAUUACUCAUACUGAGCUUGGACUUGGUGAAAACGCGUGUAGUCGUUAUGGGGGUUGAAAUGCGCAAGACCUUCAUCGGUUCUAUACUGGUGGGGCUUAUAGAGAAAACCACAGAUAUUAAAAUUAUGAAGGCGAUAACGAAAAUGCUGGAGGAGUGGAUGAAGAAUAAGAACGUCAUUACUCUCUCACAAGCGCCCAGUCUGAGAGAAAAGUCGAUUCUCUUGGUUAAAAUGAUGCAGUACAUUGAGAAACGGUUUCCUGAUGAUGCCGAGCUGAACGCCCAAUUCUUGGAGCUGGUCAAUUAUGUGUACACAGAUGAACAAUUGAAACAGACCGAGCUGACCUCUAAACUAGAAUCCGCCUUCCUCUCCGGCCUGAGGUGUACCCAACCAAACAUCAGGAUGAAGUUCUUCAAAGUGUUCGACUCGUCCAUGCGUAGAAGAUUGCACGAUCGUCUGCUGUACAUUAUUUGCUCACAAAAUUGGGAUGCGAUCGGCUCCCACUAUUGGAUUAAGCAGUGCAUAGAACUUCUGCUCGCCACUGCCUCGACAGAGUCCAGAAUACAAAUGUCGCACGAGAGCGGCAUUUUGCCGAACAUAACUUCGGUUAUCAGUUCGGCGGAUGCGUUGCAGAAGGAAGAUCUGUUUUCGAUUAAACAGGAUCCGGUUUUAUUCGAAGGGUUUGAAAUUAAAGAGGAAGUGCUAGACAUCGACCGUUCAGAAUCGAACACAAUGGUAGAGGUCGCACUGAACAGAAACGAAAACAUCAGCAAGUUGAUUACGAAGCAUUUCGAGUUCGUAGAGGUCUCAGAAGGGAUAACAACGGAUCGCUUUCUGCUCGCCACCGCUCAACUGUGUCACCUGGACACGGACCUCGCCGAAGAGAUUUGGCUGCAGCUAUUCCCACGCUUGUGGGACGUUCUCGACGAGCAGCAACGCAAUAGUCUCAGCCCGGAGAUACUCGCCUUCAUUACUUCCGGAACUCACAUCAUUCAGAAAGACUGCCACCCAAGCGCGAUCAACACAUUUGUCGAGGCGCUGUCCAGAUGCAAUCCGCCCAUUCAGAUCGCUCCGCCUCUGAUGAAAUACAUCGGGAAGUCGCAUAAUUUGUGGCACAGAAUGGCUUUAGGUCUUGAGCAAAUGUCGUUCGAUCAGACGAGCGGCUCAAAACCCAGCAAUCUCGCUUCGUGCUACGAUUUUGAGCCUGACCAAACGGCUAAAAGUGAACUUCUGGACGCGUUAGGGGAGUUGUACUCGCUGCUGCGCGAGGAGGACCUCUGGGCGGGUCUCUGGCAGAAGCAUGCGCACUACAAGGAGACUAACGUCGCGAUUGCGUUCGAGCAGCACGGGUUUUACGAGCAAGCCCAAGCGGCGUACGAGUCCGCGAUGGCCAAACACAAGCAGGACAACACCUUAGGUCCCCUGCCCGCCCACACUCAGCGAGAAGUACAUCUUUGGACCGAUCACUGGAUAAGAUGCGCGAAGGAGUUGAAUCAGUGGGAUGUGCUGCUCGAAUACUCCAAGAAUGGAGUAUAUGAUCCGUAUACUGUUCUCGAAAGCUCUUGGAGAAUACCCACGUGGGACGUUAUGAAAGAAGCUCUCGCUAACGUCGAGUUUAACUGUCCAAAGGAGUUGGCGUGGAAAGUGACGCUUUAUGGCGGUUUCCUACUAAUUUGCAAUCCGGAAGAGAAACCACUGAAGGUCGCCGAAAGAUACGUCGAAACCGCGACGAUGAUGUGCCUUAAUGAAUGGAGACGCCUACCUCACAUAGUCAGUCACAUCCACCUGCCGUUCCUGCAAGCCGCCCAACAGGUCAUGGAAUUGCAAGAGGCCUACCAAAUCCAUAAGGGCUUAAUGCAAGGCCAUCAGAACUCCUUGCACGACAUGAAGGCCAUCGUUAAAACAUGGCGCAAUCGUCUACCGGUGAUCGCCGACGAUCUCACCCAUUGGAACGACAUUUUCACUUGGAGGCAGCAUCACUAUCAGUUCAUCGUGAAUCACUACGAAAGCUUGAGGGAGUCGAGUCACACGAACUCGAUGUUGGGAGUGCACGCGUCCGCCCAGUCGAUCAUCUACUUCGGCAAAAUCGCCCGAAAGCACAAGCUAACGAACGUCUGUCUGGACUCCUUGAAUAAGAUUUACACGAUUACGAGCGUGCCGAUCGUCGAUUGCUUCCAAAAGAUUCGCCAGCAGGUCAAGUGUUACCUGCAGAUGGCGUCGCUUACGAAUAAAAAUGAGUUACAAGAGGGGCUGGAGGUGAUCAAUAACACUAACGUCAAGUACUUCACUAAGGAAAUGACUGCCGAGUUUUACGCCUUGAAGGGCAUGCUGUAUCAUCUCAGCGGUAAAUCGGACGAGGCGAAUAAGGCGUUUUCUGCCGCAGUACAAAUGCACGACACGUCUGUCAAAGCGUGGGCCCUAUACGGCGAUUACCUAGAGCACGUGUUUACGCGUGACCACAGACAGAUCACUUUGGGCAUUAACGCGAUGACCUGUUUCCUGCACGCAUGUAGACAUCAAAACGAGUCUAAGGCGAGAAAGUACCUGGCAAAGGUUCUGUGGCUGCUCAGUUACGACGACGAAAAGUGCAGUCUAAUGGAAGCUCUAGAUAAAUAUUCGGUUGGGGUUCCGCCGAUUCUCUGGGUACCGUGGAUACCCCAAUUACUCAACUGCCUUGUACAGUACGAGGGGAAUGUUAUUUUGAAUCUGUUACUUCAGGUUGGACGAAUGUUUCCGCAAGCUGUCUAUUUUCCAAUUCGUACUUUGUAUUUAACACUGCGCACCGCAACUGCGCGCAAAACAAAUACAGUACAGCAACAGUCGCAAGAGACCCAUGUAGAUCAAACCCACACAUCCCUAGCAAACCAGAACCAAGACGGCGCGAGCAACGCCAGCACGAUCACGACGGAAGCGUCCGCGAUCAAAGCCACCCCCGCAAUGAUCCGCUGCUCCAAAAUAAUGAAAAUGCAACGUGACAUUCACACGACAGUCCUGUCCAGCUUGGAAGGGAUAGCGGAUCAGAUGGAGUGGUUCAGAGAGAACUGGUACGAGGAGGUCGUGCGGCAACUGCGCCAAGGGCUGGCGAAGUGCUACGCGAUCGCGUUCGAAAAUCGCGAGAGCGUCAACGAAGCCAAAAUCACCCCGCACAUUUUGAACUUUGUCAAAAAACUCGUGUCCACCUUCGGAAUCGGGGUGGAGAACAUAUCGAGCUCGACCAACGUACAGUUCAAUUCGGCCGCCUCCGAGAGUUUGGCGAGGCGCGCGGAGGCCACCUACCAGGAUCCCGUCUUUAAGGAGAUGAAGUUGGAAUUCGCGAAAGACUUUGACUUCUCCCAUUCGGGAGCGAUGCGCCUCCACACGCUGAUAUUUAAGUUGAAGAAAUGGAUUAAGAUCUUGGAGAACCGGUCGAAGAUGCUGAUCCAAUCGUUCCUAAUGGAGGAAAAGUGCAGGUUUCUCUCCAAUUUCACGCUGAAAACCGCCGAGGUCGAGCUGCCGGGCGAGUUUCUGCUACCGAAGCACACCCAUUACUACGUGAGAAUCACCAGGUUCAUGCCGCGGGUCGAUAUCGUUCAAAAGCACAACUGCGCCGCCCGUCGGCUGUACAUACGGGGGCACAACGGAAAAAUCUACCCGUACUUGGUCGUGAAUGACUCGGGCCUCGCCGACGCGCGGCGCGAAGAAAGAGUCCUGCAAGUGCUGAGAAUGCUCAACCACUACCUUGGUAAACACAAGGAGACUUCGAAGAGAUUCUUGCACUUCACCGUGCCCAGAGUCGUCGCCGUGUCUCAGCAGAUUAGACUGAUUGAGGACAAUCCGUCAUCGGUCUCCUUACUGGACAUCUUCAAACAGGGGUGUACAAAGCUGAAUAUCGAGCACGACGCGCCCAUCCAUUACUACUACGAGCGUUUGGCAGCUAUCCAAAGUAGAGGUAUCAAGGCGAGCCACCAGGUGUAUCGUGACAUACUGAAGGGUGUGCAAAACAUAAUGGUACCGAGAAACAUGUUAAGGAAAUGGGCGCUCGCCACUUUUCAAUCGGCCACGGACUAUUGGCAGUUUCGGAAGAUGUUUACCCUACAGUUGUCGUUGGCCUGUUUCGCGGAGUAUGUUUUACAUUUGACCCGCCUUAAUCCCGACAUGAUGUACAUGCAUCAGGAUUCUGGUCUUGUGAAUAUUUCGUAUUUUAAGUUUGACGUCGACGAUAGUACAGGUGAAUUAGACACAACUAGGCCCGUUCCAUUUAGACUGACUCCCAAUAUACUCGAAUUUCUGUCGGCCGUUAGCGUUAACGGCCCCCUAACCGCCGCAAUGAUCGCAACCGCGAGGUGCUUCGUCUAUCCAAAUUUCAAGGUUCAAGCGAUUUUAAAGACGAUAUUGCGAGACGAAAUGGUGCUGUCGCGAAUAAAAAAAUCGGACGACGGCGAAUCGAACAAUCAAGAGAAAUUGACCGAUAGCGAGCAGUUAAUCACGGUUGUAAAUAAGGCAGUGGCGGCGGUCAAUAAUAGACUUAACAGUCUCGCUCAUUUCGACGGAUUGGAUAGCAAAAUCGGAACUUUGGUUGCAGCCGCCAGCAGCCAUGACAAUUUGUGUCGAAUGGAUCCCGCUUGGCAUCCGUGGUUGUGAUGUGUAUAUAUAGACGUUUCUUUUACUUCGUUGUAUAAACGUUUAAUUUAUUGUAAACAAUGUGAUUAUGCAGUAUUAUCACAUCUCUAGCGCU